AUUAAACGCUGUAUUUUUCCUGUCCUUUGCCGACCAAUGGGAAGGUUCGAUCUGAGAGGACCAAUUUCUUUCCCUGGUUGAUUCGGUCUCGUGAGAAGAAACGUACAGUUCAUCAAAGUCUCGACUUCAAUAAACCGGUUACCACAAGCAAGAUCAAAGUUGAUCUUAUUCAUUAAGAAAGAACUAUAUGGUUAGACGAGGACCGGUUUUUUGUUUUUAAUUCAAGCAGAUGGUGUUUUUUCAUUAGCCGUGCUGAUGAAGAUGAACACUCUAUUCGGCCAUUACGGUCGACAUCGAGUAGCAAUUCUCGUCUGAUGGCGACCCUUCAAUGCACGGCGUAAAUGUCGCAUCGAUUUUCAACAUCUGUGGUGAGCGAUCGGAAAAAACUUAUAAAUUUGCAAUAGAUAUGAUCUGCUGUCAUUUUGUGCGACGACUGGUGAUGUAUGGGCUCACCGGAAGUCAAUACCAAACGCUGGCAUGUUCCCAGUCUAAAAUAACGGAACAGGAAACACAGACGUUAAAUACAACUCUCGUUAGAACCGCACAGAAUCUCACUUGGAGUCCAUUGGAAGGUCGUACCUUACACUGAGCCAAAAUGAAAAAGUUUUUAAGACGACCUAAUAAGGGAAUAGAAUAACGUUAUUUUGACGUUAUGGCUUUUCAGACGUGGUGCAUUGUCCUUUUGUUGCCGUUAUAUUGUCAUGGAAAUGAUAUUGUGGCGGUGAUCGAGCAAGACGUGUACAAUAUACACUUCCGGACGUUUUAUUUGUCGGUGGGAGGACCGGAUGUGAACGUGUCCGGGGCCGUCUACCCUACCUAUACAGGUGUUUAUGACCAGCUACACGGGGUAUGUUCUUACCUGACGCAGCGCACCCUCGCGGUGUUUAUAGUGGGGAAUAGGGAUUCUAUUAAUUUUAUUUCCAUGGUCACUGAUGUCCUUGGAAUACCUACCCUGGCCUACUUAAAGGACCCGAAGACAGUCUACCAAAAGAAAGAGAACAAAUUAUUGUUAGUCCUCGGACAUUCCUAUCAAGAGACGGCUAGAGCGGUGCUGACAUUCUUCAAGACGAAUUUCUGGUUCCGGUUUCUAAUCAUCGUCGAAGACACCGCGCUUCAUGAUAGGUUCUUUGGAGAAGUGAUUUCACUGAACCAUACAGAGCUUUGGACCAUCUCUCUACUUGUUGUUAGUAAGAAAAUGACCCCCGAGGGACUCCAUAGGCAGUUAUGCAAUCACUUGGCAGAAGACACAAUAGUUCUUCUUCACCUCGAUCCUCCGAUGGCAGUGUCAAUUUUUAAGUCACUUCCGUGCAAUACGUCCAAGAAAGUAAGAUGGUUUAUUACAGAAAAAGGGUACACACAGAAUACUCUAUUGAUCAAACUGUAUCCGAUUGGCUCUCUUGUUAUGGUUCCAGAUUCUGUGACGUCAUUGGAUGACGUAAUUUCAGACAGUGUCUCGUACUUAAAUUCGGCAAUACAAAGCGCACCACGUGAUGACAAAGUAUCACGUGGUGUUGGACAAUCCUGUAUGAACGGGGCAUACCGUCACCACACAACUGGGCUGAAGCUCUAUCGACACUUCCAGGAGAAGGUUUACCAAGGCUUCUCGAUGAAGUUUGAAUUUAACUCUGAUGGAUACCUCGCAAACAAAAACUAUAGGGUAAAGGCACUGAAAGGCAUGGUGGGUCGGUCAAUCUGGGAGGACGUUGGGUACGUCCACGGGGAAAUUGCCCGCCCCCGCGGAAUUCUAUGGCCCUCUGAGCCAGACUUGGAUAUCCGGAAUGGACGAGUUCGAUACCGCGUUGUGACAAACCCAGUCAAACCAUUUGUGAUGGUAGAGAACGGGAUAGAAGACUCAAAUCAAUGCAUCCAGAGCACACCCUGUAUCCAGAUCCUGGUGUCCGACGAAAAUCAGACGCUGAAUGUCUUGCAUAACUACGAAAACAUCAACGACUCUUCCAGCUUCCAACUCAAGUGUUGUCGUGGCUUUGCAGUAGACCUGUUGAAUAAACUCGCGUCCGAUCUGGAAUUUGAGUACGUGUUAUACAUUGUUCACGACACGACUUACGGGAAAGAGAAGAACGGUACAUGGGAUGGGAUGAUGAGGGACCUGACCAAUGGUAUCGCCCACAUGGCCAUAGCAGCAUUUAGCAUCACCGGAAAUAGACUGCGCGCCAUUGAUUUUUCCUACCCGUACUACUUUUCACGUUUUACAGUCCUGUACACUCAGCAGAGCCAGAAGACCUACAUGUACGCCUUUCUAGAACCAUUUUCUCCUGAAGUUUGGUGCACCAUAUUUGUCAGUGCCAGUUUAUCAGCCUUGGGCAUGUCCAUGUUUGAAUGGAACAGUCCGUUUGGCUUGAAUCCCUGGGGCAGAAAACGUAAACAAAAUUACACCAUAGGAUCGGGCAUGACCAUGGUCUACUCGCUGCUUUUUGGCCAUACGGUUAGUACGAAGUCCCCGAAAUCUUGGCCGAGUAAAGUUCUUCAGAAUUUUUGGGCGUCUGCGUGCAUCUUCAUCAUCGCCAGCUACACAGCCAACUUAGCCGCCUUUUUGGCAGGAAAACACAAUGGGAUUGAUUAUAACAGCGUGUUUGACUCAAGACUUAUGGAAAUUAGAGUUGGAGUACUUGGAGGAAGCGCCGUAGAGGCCCUGACUAACAACAUCAACAAAAAGCUUUAUCAAAGGAGUCAGCACUAUCUCGUGCCCACGACAAACGACGCUAUCAAUAUGUUGAUAAAUGGUCACAUCGACGCCUACCUUGGAGAUUAUCCAAUUCUGGAUUAUGCACGUGUGAAACUGGAUCCAAACUGUAAUCUGUAUAUCGUCCCACAGUCGUUUGGCGAGGAUGAAUAUGGAAUAGGCUUUCCUAAAGAUUCGCCGCUCCAGAAACCAGUUUCCGAGAAGAUCAAGCACUACCACGAGUCUGGGUACCUGGAGAAUCUGAUCGACAUCCACUUUGACGAGGAGAAAUGUUUUAACCAGGGCAUCAACCAGCAGCGCUUCAGUCUGACCGUCUUCCACCACAGCGGUCUGUUCGCGCUCCUCUCCAUCGCCAUCGUCUGCUGCAUACUGCUGGUUAUCGUUGAACAUCUCGUGUUUAAAUUCCUCCUGCCAAUCUGCCGGAGACGACCAGACGACAGCUUCUGGAAAAGCCUCAAUGUCAUGUUUUUCAGUCAGAGACUCCAUAGAUGCAUAAACAGUGCAGUUUUGGUUUCUGCCCAGGAGUCUGCCAAGGAGAUGUUAGGGAUUGUCAAGAAAGGCGACUUCUCCAGAUUGUUCAUGAAAAGCACAAUCAGGAAAAACAAGCUUGCAGACAUGGCGAAAACAAAGCGAAUCAAUCGAAACUUUUUAGACAUCGUGGAGAAAGCAAAAUGGGUGAACGAGAUGAAAUCUACCAGCUUGUUUCCUGAUGACUCACCGGAUGAACCCGUUGAUAUCACUCGUCUCUCUCUUCGUAACCUUAGCAACUGUGUAAACUUGGAAGCUUUGCGGUCCCAGUACCAACACUCUCUUCCAAAGGUUGAUUCGGUAAGGGAUUACGAUGACAGUGGCGAAGAGUGUAACGAAAGCGAAGCAGACGACAUCCAGACACUGAGAGGUCUUGAAGAUCUGUGUGAUAUCCAGGCCUCCGAUAGCAAGUAUGAUAUGUGGUAUGUUCCCGGUAAACUUGCAGCAGACGAUAACCAGGAACUCGAAUACUGUGAUAAACGUGGCGUGCAUUCUUCAUACGAGGGACAACAUUUACUGAGCCGGUGUGAGUCAGGCUGUAGCAGUGGUACAGCUAGUGAUGAGACGUUAGGGGCCUGUUACAGGGGUGAAAACGAGGCAGCCUGUUACAGGGGUGAAAAAGAGGCAGCCUGUUACAGGGGUGAAAAAAAGGCAGCCUGUUAUAGGGGCGAAAACGGGGCAGCCGAUUACGGAGGUGAAAACGAGGCAGCCUGUUACGGAGGUGAAAAUGAGGCGUCUUUCUGUGAAGUGUCUCAGGUCGCAUAUCAAUUAUCAUCGAAAGACGGAAGUGCUUCUUUCGCCAAAAACAGACAGUGUUAUUCUGACGAUGAGAGUGAUGAUGAAAAAAGUGGUUUACUUACCUGGGAUAGAAACAGAGGACAUUCUAGUAGAUCUGCACGUUCCUCGACCAGUGAGCGUUAUCGUCCACAUUCUAUGCAAAGCUCUCCACGAGAGCACAAUAAAGCUCGGGCUCGAGGUCUCCAUGCACUAAACCAUUCCACUGCGCAGCCUUUGAAUGUGGCUAGCAUGAGUAAGCAGGAGUUACUACACCUGUGGAAAUCCUCAGAGCUACAGUUGAACUAUUUAUUACAGAAUACAUUAAGAGAAAAUAUAGAACUCAAGAAAUCCCUGUCAAAACUGCGAAAACGGCCUAUAAAGGAUACGGCAGUUUAAGGUGGCUCGAUACACCAGUGCAUUAUUUUAUGAAUCGAUAAAAAAUCAUUUUUGAAAAAUGAGUGGACAAAAAAUAAGACCGGUAUUGGCUUCUAAUUAAUUUAUAUGAAUUUUUUGUAUUUAAAAAAAUCGGAAACAUCGUUUCGGUUGCGAACAGGAUAAUGUAUAGCAAAGAAUUUGGUAUCAAUAUAUGCUCAAUACAAUCAUCUGUAAAUACAUAUCAAUGACGGUCAUUUAUUUUCGAAAAAGAUAUUUAAGGAAAUGAAAAUCAAGAAUUGUAGAUAUUAUUUAUACCUAUUGAUUGUGACCAAGUUUUAAGCGCUACAAUGCUCUGUUUGCAGUCUAAACAAUUUUUCCCAUUUCAAUGAAACAAAAAAAAAACAACAAAAAAGCAUAUAAAAUAAUUAAAAGCCGAUAUUGGUCUCUGUUUUGUAAAAUCAUGUUUCAAAAAAGAUUCUUUAUCGAUCCAUCCAAUGAAAUUUUAAUGUAACGAGGAACCUUAUUCAGAAAACGGCUAUAAAGGGCACGGCAGUUCAAACCAGAAAUAUUGCUCAAUGUAAAUUUUUAUAACCUGGAAGGGUGUCAAUAGAUUUU